AUGGAUUACUCGCCGUCUCAACCUCCAUUUUCGGACACGUCGCCUGACCUAGCCCCGCUUCCACCGCUGAAGCACUUCGUCUUCCCUCUCAACCUAUUUGCUUUGUCCAUUUUACUGCUUCUUUUCUGUAGCAUUGGCUGUCGAAUUUACGCUUGCUUUAUCCAGUAUACAGAAGAAGAUAUUGAACAGGGAGUUUCGCCGUCUCCCCGCCUAACGACACCGUAUCGUCUUCGUCAUUUUUUUCCACCAGUGCAUCCUCUUGGUUCCCAAGUUACGCCAUCGCCGUCGGUUCAGUCUUCCAAUGAAGUGCAGAAUUCAACCCCGGGCGCUGGAACCUCUGUCUUUGUUUACGAAAACGACGUCGUUAUGGAAAAGAUAGGAAAGUUAAACGAUGUCGAAUGCGUGAUAUGCCUCGAGGGUUUUGUCCAAGGAGACAAGUGUAAGAUUCUUAACGACUGCAAUCAUGUGUUCCACAAACCUUGUAUCGACACGUGGCUGAAGAUUCAUAACCAGUGUCCGAUUUGUCGGAGCUACGUCGCCGGCGGUUCUUUCCGUGUCGGUGACACUGCAAGUGCGGGGAUCCAAGAGGAACAUAGCUACGUAUAG